AUGAUCACUCUGCAAGUCAAUGGCAAGCCUCGCGAUAUCGACGAGGGCCUCAACCUCCAGUCCUAUCUGGCAACCAUCGACGUCAACAUGCGGUUCAUCGCCGUGGGUUAUAACGGCCAGGUAGUUCGCAAAGAGGACUUCGAGAAGGUGGCACUCCACCCGGGCGACGCCCUGGAAAUCGUCCGCCCCGUGGGCGGCGGCUGA